AUGAAUACGCCACCUUAUUAUAAUCAACAUCAUCAGAGGGAUCAACACAAUCAGUAUCAACAUCAACAUCAACAUCAACAAUAUAAUCAACAACAACAACAUUAUAAUCAGGGUGGGGGCUAUCCAAUACCAUCACCAUCAUCAUCAUACCAACAACAUCUACUGCAUCAGCAGCAAACGGGUCUGCCAGGCAAUGGACGACCACUCGACUGUGAGGACCAGCUGAUACUCAGUCUGCCACCGCAUGUGGCAGAGCGUGUGCGACGAAUGAUCAAAGCAAAGCACUUUGAUGCACCAAUCGACAUACAGUUCAAGUCAGAGCGUGGUCUAGCGUUCACGAUCGGCGACCAGGAGUAUGAGGGUGCGCUGCUCGACCUGCCCUGUGUUCUCGAGUCUCACAAGACUCUAGACAAGACAACAUACUACAAGACCGCCGACAUUGGACAGAAGAUACAGGUCUAUGACAAGGACACAGUUGUCGCAGAAGUCGUACCGCCCAAUCACAAACUACCAAGCGGUAUCACUCCGCCCACCCGCGACAUAUUAACAAAGAGACAUCGCGAGAUAACAAUAGAAAAGAAGACAGAGAUGGCAAAGACUGAGGAGGAACUGAUAAGGAUAAUCAAACCUGGAUAUAAUGAACAAGAAGAGAUUGAGUUCAUCACGUUGGACGAGUUGGUUGAGCUGUAUGGCGCAGAGCGAUUUAGUAAUGCGCAGCCAAACUCUAUCGAACCAAUCAUAUUUGAAGAGCGUGCUGAUGAUCAGAUCACACUGGACGAGAAUGAGGACAGUGCCGACGAGUCGAUCAACGCCAGUGACAAUGAGAACCCAAUGCACGACUUUAUGACCAGCAGGUUCAAGGGAUCAAACAGAUUGCUCAACAGGAACAACAACAUGAACAACAUGAACAUGAAUAUGAACAACAAUAACUAUAGACCAGGUGGCUUUGACGAUGAUAUGAUGAGCGAUGACUUCAACCGACCAACACCACCACAAAAGCGCCAUCCAAUCCCCUCGCCUGUGGGCAUUGGUGUGCGUGUUGGAUCAAUCGUGGACAGCGAAAGGUCUCCACUGGACAUGGUGAAGAAGGAGAGAAAGACAAGGAGUGACAAGGGCAAAGAGAGAGUACCACAUCAUCUCAGACAACAACAGCAACAGCAGCAACAACAACAGCAGAUGUCACAUGUUCAGGGUCAUGGCCAAGGACAUCCACAACCACCACCGUCACUUGGCCAGUCGACAGAGCAUCUCAAGAUCAAACUGCCAAUGCCGAUCAUGGGACAUGCUGGCGCUGACUUUGGCGAUGGCGAGUUCAGAGUGCCUGAGCGCAGAUCAGUCAUGUCACCUGGCAGUGAGCAUGGCAUCCAGUCACCAACUGGCGAGCAUGGAGAUGAUAGGCGCAGGAAGAGGAAGGAGAGGCCAGAAGAUCUGUCGCCAAUCGGCAGCGUCUCAUCCUCUGGCUCAAGUCACCAUCAUCGCGAGAAGAAGGACAGAGGGGAGCAUAGAGAGCAUCGCGAGCAUAGAGAACAUCGAGAUAGAGGCGAUAGAGAGCAUAGGGAUAGAGGAAACAGAGAGCACAGAGAGCAUAGAGAUAGAGGUGACAGAGAACAUAGACAUAGGGAACAAAGAGAGCAUAGGGACAGAGAUGUGCCGCCUCUUGACGAUGAGAUUGAGCGUGAUGUCGAGAGAGAGCAACAUAGAAGAAAGAAGAGAAGAGAUGGAGAGGCUCCAUCUACAUCCACGACGACGACAACAACUACCAGCACGACCUCAACAUCAAUGGGAUCACCUCCGCCCCAGUUCAAUGUGGAGUCGCCAGUGUCCCACUUCCCUCAAACUCCAAAGACACCAUCAUUCGUCACGACGCCAACCAUCCCCUCAACUCCACCUGCAGUCCAAUCACCGCCAACGACCGUGGCAGCCACUCCACAACAACCACCUCACCAAAUGCACUAUCCAAAGACGCCAGCGACACCGGUAACACCUACUCCAACAACGCCAACCAUGUCCAGCGACAUGGUAUCGACGCCACCUGCCCAGCCAAUUGAGUCGGUCACAACCUCCUCAUCUGCCGCGUCCGACCUGCUGCAGGUGCGCUCUACACUACGCAAGCUACAACAAGAGGCCGACUCUAUGAAGAAGAAGGCUGAUGAGAUGCAGUCCAAGAUAGGUGCCAUUCCAAACAAGAUCAUGAAGGAGAGACAACAGAAGCUCAUUGACAAGACGCUCAAGGAGCACAUUGACAAGCUGGGCGAGAUCGAUGCGCUCAAGAGUCUGAUCGCUGAACUCGAGUCCUCCUAA